GAGAGAGAGAGAGAGAGAGAGAGAGAGAGAGAGAGAGAGAGAGAGAGAGAGAGACUUUAAAGGGAGCCAGUGGAAUGUUAUCUCUCAAAUCAUCAGAGGCACGAGGACAAGCACGCGUGGCUGUAAGGAUGGCUGAAGCAAUAUUGUUCUAAUCCACGGGAAACAGAAAGGACAGCCUGAGAAGACACUUUCGUGUCUAAUCGAUCUUAUCUGAGGACGCGUGUCCAUUGUUAUCCACACACGGGUCAGAGGGCAACACAUCUCCGAGCGUGCGUUACCGGUCCUGAUAUUUAUAUCCAUUCUGUAAUUCUGCUUAUGGAAAUUUCAUGAUAUAACAACACCAAUCUAUGUUGCCGGCUGUGUGGAAUUUGAGGCGAGGAAAGUAUUACUGGGAAAUACUGUUGCUGAUGCUGAAAUAAAUAUUCAGAAAGCACAAUGGACAGAUGAACAUCACAGACUGAAAACAUACUUGAUAAAAGGGAUUUGAGGGAAUUCACUUAUUCUCGUCCAAUUCAUCAUCAACAGAGGGCAUUUACCAAUCAGUGCACUUUUGAAGCCUUGAUCAAACGGAUCUGAAAAUGAUGCUGAGUCCCGAUCAGACGGAUCCUGACUUCACCUGGACACAACCGGACACGGAGUGUCUAAACGUCAUGAGGGUGGAAUGUGUGGCUCACGAGCCCUUUGGGGCUGAAGAUGGCAAGACUCGCGCACUCGUGCCAGCCGCGCUCACCAGAGAGGAGAAGAGACGGAGGAGGCGCGCGACUGCAAAAUACCGUUCUGCGCAUGCGACGCGCGAGCGCAUCAGAGUGGAAGCGUUCAACGUAGCGUUCGCUGAGCUAAGAAAGCUGCUACCAACACUUCCACCCGACAAGAAACUGUCCAAAAUAGAAAUACUUCGCCUAGCUAUCUGUUACAUUUCUUAUCUUAACCACGUUUUGGACGUCUAAACAAACUGUCGGCACAUUUAUCUUUAAAAAAAACUCUACAAGUGUGUAUAAAAAACUGUUUUAUAGAUAUUGAGAAGUAGCGUAUUCCAGCAGGUCACAAAUAUCUAUAAAAAAAAUGAAAGAAAAAAGGGUAACACUUUAUAAUAUAACUUUCAGAAAUAGGCUAUGCUUUGUUGUCUGUCUCCACUAAUUUAGCCUAGGCCUACUACAAAAAAGGAAAUCGGAACAAAAGGGUGGGAGGAAGGCUUUUAGUUAUUAAAAAGCAUUACCGAAAAUUGUAGGACUUAUCGCAACAAGUGAAGGUUGUUGUUUUUGACACUGCAAGUUCCUUUCAAAGAAUAUACCCCGUUCAAUAUCCAAAAUCAUAACCGCAUUUGUGGCAAUAAUUUGUUGGAGAUAUUUGACUUGGUUGGAUCUUAGUUCAUCAUAUACGAAACAUUUAUCUUUUCGCAACCUUGUUAUAAACCAAGCUGAUUUUAUAAGCUAUCAACCGUCUGGAAAAAAAUGCAUAGGCUACUUAUGUGCUGGAACAAAUCUUAACGUAGCUGUUAAUUUAUAUUUUCUUGUUUAUUUAUUUAUGGAUUAAAUGAUGUUAUGUGGGUGUCCUUGAAAUAGCAUAGGCCUAUCUAAAGUGUAUAUGUAAAUAUUUAAUGUUUUAUUAAUUGUCUUAUUUUAGACUGAUGUCGCAGAGUUUUGGUGUAGGCCUACUGUUUCUUUUCACUUGCACUUUUUAUUGGCAGUUUUCUUAGGAGUAGAAGGGCCUUCGCUGUGUGUGCACUACGGUUAUUAAAAUGGUGUUGCUGUUGAUGUCCUGUUAUAUGAUAACGAGAAGCACUUCCCAUCGGAUACGAUCUAUAUUGCUGUCGUCUUUGUUUUGUUUACAAAGUGCUCAUAGAUAGCGCUUUUGGGUACCUGAUGACUUGUGGUGGAUUAAAAGUACACUUAGACUAAAUUGAAUAGCCUACAUCAUAGUCAGUGUCAAAUAAAUAAUUCGGCCAUAUACAUAAAAAGCGUGUUAUCUGCCUUCCAAGUCUACAAGCUACCCAUAGACACUCUCUCUGCUGCGACCAAAAAUGAUCUCAGAGUAGUUUAUUUUUUCUUUUAGAAACUAUUUAUAGAUCUUAUUUGUUUACGUGUUUCUUGUGAACCUUUUGGAAAUUUUAUAGUGAGCAAUUUAUCUCACAUCUGCCUCAUAUCCAAAGAGCACCCUGUUAAUUCAGGGAUUUUCCCGUCAUUUUGUAGGCUAUAGCAGUACACUGGUUGUAUCGCAGUUUUUCAUAACUAUUUUAGAAUACACAGUAAAAAUAUUAAUUCAA